CCGCAGUGCCGCACCCGCAGGAUGGCGGCCUCCGCCAUGGCGGCGCGGCGCUGAAUAGCGUCCGGGCGCGGCGUUGCGGCUCCGCCCUUCUUCCUCCCCGCGGCGGAGCGGAACCCCGGAGCGCGGCGCGGGGAGCCGGCCGGGCCGCCGGGGCGGACCGGGGCGGGCCGGUGCGGGGCGAGGAUGAGCACGAAGCAGGUGACCUGCAGGUACUACGUGCAAGGAGUGUGUCGGGAGGGCAGCAAGUGCCUGUUCUCUCACGACUUGUCUACAAGCAAAUCCUCUACGAUCUGCAAGUAUUACCAGAAGGGACAGUGUGCCUACGGAGCUCGGUGCAGGUAUGAUCACACCAGACUUCCUGCGUCGGGGGGUGCAGCGGCCCCUGCGCCGCCUCCCCUCUCAUCGGCAGCGCUGCACAACCCUCGCCAUCCUCCCGAGCACAGCGCGCCGAUAAUCCGGAGCAAACUGCAUGAGACUGGCAAACGGGAGAAGAAAACGCUGGUGCUCAGGGACAGAAAUCUGUGUGGCUUGAAUGAAGAAAAGCAGAAACCCAGCACCGCAAGCGAUGUGGUGUGUUGCAGUGACCAAAAUGAUAAUCUGGAAGUGAAGCCCCAUUCGUAUUUGGAAGCUAUUUGCAGCGGACUGGAAGAUCCGGUAGCUGGAAGCUCCUGUGCUGUUGGAGAGCAGCUGUGUCCCUACGCUGCAGCGGGAGCGUGCCACUUCGGAGAUCGCUGCCUUUACCUCCAUGGAGACGUGUGUGAGAUAUGUGGAUUGCAAGUACUUCACCCUUACGACCAAGAACAGAGGAAGGCUCAUGAAAUGAUGUGCAUGGCGACAUUUGAGCACGACAUGGAGAAGGCCUUUGCCUUUCAGGCAAGUCAGGACAAAGUGUGCAGUAUCUGCAUGGAAGUGGUGUACGAGAAACCAUCGGCCUCCGAGAGGAGGUUUGGGAUCCUUUCCAACUGCAAUCACACCUACUGCUUGUCUUGCAUCCGGCAGUGGAGAUGUGCCAAGCAGUUUGAGAAUCCAAUCAUAAAGUCCUGCCCAGAGUGCCGUGUGAUAUCCGAGUUUGUCAUUCCCAGUGCAUAUUGGGUAGAAGACCAGGAGAAGAAAAAUGAGCUGAUUGAAGCUUUUAAGCAGGGAGUAGGGAAGAAACCCUGCAAGUACUUUGAACAAGGGAAAGGAACUUGCCCGUUUGGAGGGAAGUGUCUUUACCUUCAUGCUUAUCCAGAUGGGACGCGAGCUGAACCUGAAAAACCAAGGAAACAGCUUAGCUCUGAGGGGACUGUGCGGUUCUUCAAUUCUGUUCGUCUGUGGGACUUCAUUGAAGACAGAGAAAAUAGGACUGUGACCAGCACAGACGAUGAAGUAACAGAACUUGGAGAACUUUUCAUGCACCUUUCUGGGGCUGAUGAAGAUUCUGCUACUUCUCAAUAAAGAGAACUAAAGUGAAACUAAAAAUUCAGUCUGGACACAACUGAGUAAUAUAGCAUUAAAACACUUGAGUGCAAGCAGAGUUUUCUCAAGCACGUUCAGCAGACAAUCUUCCAAGUAAGUAGAGGGUCAAUUUAACCGCUGGCUUGAGGGUAAGACUGCAUACCCUUGAAAGGUUGCUUGUCUGCUUAAAGACUUGAGCUUUUUAGAAAGCUUGAUUGUUGAGACGACAGAAAUUACUUGUAUUGUGAAGCAAAAUAUAUUUAGAGACACUUGUGCAGAAAACCUUACAUCAGCACAGCAAACAGGGUGCUGCUUUGAUGGCUAAAAACUAGGAUCUGGGUCACUGUCAUAAAGCAAACAGCAAGAACCUUAAUCUGGGAUUCAAACAUUUUUAAAUGGCACCAAAUUAGUGACUCCAGGAUUAUCCGCUUCAACUGUUGGUUGGCAUUUCUGAGUCAAAACUGAAGCUGAGAAACAUCCUGGAUGGAAAUACUACCUUUCUAUAAGGGUUCCAACAGAAGAGGGAGAACUCCUCCCAUCUCUGCUGGCCAACAGUUCCCUCAAAUUGAACAUGCAAAUAUCGCUCUCUAUUCUGACUUAAGAAAUGUAACACUUCCAUAAUUAAUUUCCCCCUAGAGUUAAUUUUUAACAAUGCUUACUGCAAUGUCAGGCCUUAUCUUCAUCGCUAAUUACAAAGGUGAAGGAAAAUAAAGUAUCACUACAAGAGAUGGAGUACUCUUAAGAUCAAUGUUCAAGAGCACUUGCCCAGGCAUACUUUCUACCCCAAAAUACUUAGACAGCCCUUAGCCUCCCCACAGAAGCUUGUUUCUAGCUGGUCUUGCACAUUUUUUUUUUUUUCCAGAGAGAAAUAUUUUCAGUAAUAAAAUACACUCAAAAAAAGUCAAUGGAGAGGAUGUUCUUUACCUUAAACAAGACAUUCCUGAUUUACUUUGCCCCAAGAAUACAUAAACCAGGUAACAGUAGUCUGAAAUAAAAAAGAUAACUUGUUUUUCAAAGCUACCUAGGGACAACAUAAACAGAAGCUUUAAUUUAAAAGCAGUAAGACAUAGAAACUCAGACCUUUUAAAUUCUUCACUUAGCAGCUUUCACCUAAUUUGACAUCAAGUGCUGUUCAAAAUAAGCCUAUUUAUCAAAAAUAUUUUAAUUUUUCAAGAGACACAUAACCUGUUUUAAAAAUGGUUAAUGGUUAAUGGAGUUAAUGGUUUCUUUUUGGAAAUCAGAGCUAAAGUAAAAGCAGCUUACCAUUUCUCUUUUUUUUUUUUCUUCUUCUUUUUCUUAUUAUAAUGAAGGUAAAAUGAAAGAUAAAUGACUUUUAGAGAGGGUUGCAGUUAGAAUACCGAGAAUAUUGUUGAAAAUCAUGCAGAACUAUAUGGAACUGUUUCCUUCAACCCUCAAUUUACUUUUUAGCAAGCAGACUUUAUCAUGUCAAUUAUCACCUAAGCAUUAAUAUUCCACGCUUCUUAUAAUGUUAUACGAUAUUCUGAGGACAAACAGUCUAGAUAUUAUUUUUUAAGUAUGUAUCUGGCUUAUGUACUUCAAGUUCCUUUGCCCUUUCACAAGCACUUUGUGGGUUUCUUGCUUGCUGCAAAUAUGAAGCUGAAAUGGCUAUUUGAACAUUACAGACAGUUAGGAGUUGCACAUGUAAGCUGUCAAAAUUAACAGCAGAAGUAUUUUGCCUGACAGAUUUUAGGCAGCUGUUUAGAUGGAGAUAACAGUGGUUACAGACAUCUUGUCUCUUCACUCACUAGACCUCAGCAAUGUAUUCAGUUAAUCUUAUCUGUACACACAAAGACACAAAAUCCCAAGCUUCCAUUCUUUCCCUAAUAAACAUAUUUAAACAGAAUGCUAUUUAAAAAAUAAAUUCUUAGAUUAAACCACCUAGUUUUUGUCAUCUGUGGAGUUCAGCCAAGACAAAACUCUCACUUCUACCUACGUAAACAGGUUCACAGAAGAUAAAAUGCAGAGCAAAAAUGAUGCAGUUAAAUAGCUUGAUAGCACAUCAGGGUAGGUAUCUUGAGAAGUAGAUGCUGCUGAAAGAUUAUUUUACAGUAGAAUAAAAACCAUCUCAUAAUGGAAGUGAUUGGAAACCUAUAGGUUGUUAUAUCAAGUGUGUUUUUACUUGAACUGCUAUUACCUAUCCUAGUAACUUUUUAAAUAUUAUUCAGAAUGUCACUUUCUGGGGUUUUCACAUCUAGAUGUACAUGUCAGAACUACGGAUUACUACAUUAAAUGAUGACAUUGAAUCUUAAACCUAAAAUUUAAUUUAUUUUAUUAAAAUAAGAUAAUCAGAGGAACCUUGGCUUACAAUAAAUGCAUUUUCUCAGGAGCAAUAAAAACAAAAUUAAAACCCAAAUCAGCAAGAAAAACUGUAUAUGCUCAGUUUCCUCUUGAUAGUGCAUCUCUUGGACGACAGCUUCAGAUGGGAUGAAGACUAUGCUCAUUUUGCAGAAGUAUACGGAUAAUGUUAAUUAGCCUUUUCUCAGCCACAAAAGCCUGUCUUUCUGCACUUACCACCUCAUUGGGCUGCAAGAAACAAGUCAAUAGUACCAAAGUAAGCUGCUUAAGUUACUGAAGAUGACCAUAGCAAGACUGGCUAGCUUCCUUCUCUGAGCAGUACAAUUCAGAAUAGAUUCCAUUCUUUUGCAAGAGUUUUUCUUCUAUGUGCAAAACUAUUGCAAAACUAUUUUGUGUUGAAUUAGCAUUUUAACUUAUUUCAUUGGCUUGAUGAAAGCUCUUAGGCAGGAGCUGAUUUCCAGAAAGUUUUUUCCUCUUCCCUCAGUCUUGUUUGCAGAUACCCAUUUCAGGCAAAACUCCCCCCAACUUGAAGUGGCAUAUGGCAUGGGGCAAUCAAAGAGCACCAUAAUGCGUCAUCUUUCCUCAAACGCUGAGGCAAGCCAUCCUUGCUGUAAAAAAUACCAAUUUAUCAACAGAUUCAAAUCAAUCCAGAAACACUGCCAAAGAAACAUCCAUCGCUUCUGUGUAUGGGAAAAAUAAGGCUCAAGUGCAUCUAUUAAAAAAAUAGUAAUAGAUCUCUUGAUUUAUAGUCUGUUAACUGUCCCAGUAAAAGAAACUGUAGAAAAAGGCAAUGUGGAGCUGUGUCCCUGCAGGAUAAGAACUGCAGAAAUCCUUAGCAGCUUGUUCUUAAAACUGGGACGCGGAUAAUCCUGCUGGCACUGAUCCUGUACACUGAGGCAUUAAAAGCACAACUUCUGUUACUUCUGUUCCUUUCCCAUCACUGGAGAGAACAAGGGAGGGGAGCACGAUCCUAAAACACGGGUAGUCUUGUGGAUGUUAAUGUGCAUGAAUUUAUGUCCUCUGUGUGGGCGGCACGAUGCAGAGAUGGUUCAGAAGCACUCCGGUUGAUUUUGGGUAAAGAAUGUUGCAACAAUUCAAUGGACGACAGUAUCUGAGGGAAACACAAAAUUAAAAGGCAGCUUGUUAGACAAGCAACUCUUUCUAUUUAAGUCUCAAACCUUCAUUUAUUACGGCUUUAAGUGUAUAUUUAAGAGCAACAAUAUACUAUGUGGAGGCACUGAAAACAACACUCGAGGAAUACUCCAGUUUGAAUAAUCAAAUUCUGCCAUACAGUUUCAUUGCUAUAAGGAGUCUCACCAAGUUUCAGAGGAUGGGAAGAUACUUUUCAUUACCUCACACACAUUGCAAUCCAUUAACAAGCAUGUAUGCAAUUCUCCAACAGAGUAACAGGGAAAGAAUUGCAUCUUCUGCCUAACAGUCUCUCUACAAAACAACAUUUAGAAAGAGCUUUUUAAACAACAAAAGUUACACUUGGUUAUAACAGCAAGAAGUUAUUCUUCCAAAAUCUGCUGAUAUUUAACUCCAGCUAUUUAAUGAGAAUAAGAAAGUACCUUCAUCAUCCUCAUAGUGCCAGGAAAAGGUAAAGUAUCCUUUGUAAAAAUACCAAAAAUUGCUACAUGAAUUUACACGCCCCAGUGGAUUCUGUUUGCUUGUUCAUAGUUGUGGGGAAGGAAAGGAGGAAUAGCCUCUCAUUUCCCUCAAACCUACACUAAAACAAAAUGUAAAUACAAAGAUAUUUUGUUGUGUUAAGGUGGUUUUUUUUCUUAUCUCUAAAAUGGGUCAGCUGUUGAAAGCAAAUUGCUCUAGUGUUAGUCUAACACUGCUUCAGGCUGCAUGCAUAGUAUUUUUUAGUGACCUUUACAGGAACUACAUACAAUCAGAAUUACAAACUGUCUAGGGGAGCUGGGUUAUGAAAAAAUGCACGUAGGAAUAAAGAUAAAAAUAAGAAGCAGGCUGCACUUUAUAUAAACCAAAAAUUUUAUCUGCAUAGAAUGUUUUGUGUGCUAAUGGCUAUUUAUAAAAUACUCUGAAACUUCUGUGCAGGAAACACGCUUACUUGUGGAAACAGAGGUCGUUCUUCUCUAACUUUCUUCAAACAAUCUGCUACAAGCCUCUUCAUUGCUUUGGGGCAGUUCUUGUACAAUUUACUGAGGUCUGGAGAAGCAUACCCUCGGCCAACCAUGAAAAUAAUCUGAAAAAGAACAAGCAAGUAGCAGAAAACCAAAACUGUAAAGGUUGUUUCAGUGGUUGAUAGCUUUUGUAUCCUGAAGUGAUUAAACAUGAGUACCAAAGGCGCACACAUGAGCAGAGCCUUGUAGAUCUGUCCAAAUUAGUUAACUGAAACAAUGGCCCUGCUUUUGUGUAAUCCAGGACAUGAUUAAAUCAGAGUGACACCAUGGUUUGAAGUGCUCAACAAGUGAAGGAACUAUUGCAUACAGAACAGGAGAUAGAUACUACAUGACAUGGGCAUGACAUGGCAAUUUCCUUCAAUUGAAGGCUACAAUGACAAAUGAUCCUCAAUUUAAGUAGUUAUAAGCAGCCAGCUGAUUUUGCACAACAGCUUAAUCCAUCAGUAGAACUGUAUUUUCAGGUAUCUCUGUAAAACAUGUUGCAAAAGGAGAUGUACAGCUAGAAAGUUGAAAGAGAUCAUCAUAACUAAUCACAACUAAUGCAGCAAAAAAGGAAAUGGUGUUUAUUUUGUUUUGUUUCGAGACAAACAAUAGAAGACAUUAUUAGUGUUCAAAAAUACAUUUUCUGUUUUAGUCCAAGUUAAUAUGGUCAUCAUUUAGGAUUUUCAGACUUCCAGUAACCUUAAUAGUUGACUAUAUAGUAUUGAUAAGACUAUUAUCUGGUAAAAUAGUGGUAGGUUUGGUUGGUUGAGGGGAGUUUGUUUGAGGGUUUUAUUGGCAGGGAGCAGGGGUAAACAGAACUAACUAUGCUAUUGUUUCUUUUUCAGCUAAUGUUGUCUCAGAAAAAAAAAAGUCAACAUAAUGUUGCUAAAAUAAGGUCUCAGUAGUGUUCUCCAGGAAAUACUCUAUCCCUCCCCAAAAAACUUACUUGAGGGUCAAGUGUCACAUGUUUUGCACCAGUAAUGAUUAUUAAAGCUUGCAUAUGAUUUAAAUAUUAUGAAUUAAAACACAUGCCAAUAUCCCAAUUUGUAGACAACCUUAAAAAUAAGAAAAAACUUCCUUAGCUUAACAGAACUGGCCUCUUCUGCUUGGAAUACAGACUAUAUAACAUAACAGGGGCUAAAAUCUAGUAGUUUGUCCCCAUACACACACACUUCUCAUUAUAAGAUCUUAAUUUAAAAAAACAAUAACAAACACAAACCACAACCAAGAUCAGCAAAACAGCGAUCAAAAAGAUCUAACAGUCUUAAGUUCAUGCUCUACAGAAUGAGUUAGCUCUACAUUUGCUAAGCUAGAAAAAGCAUUCAUAUAAAGAGAACAGUUGGUUUCUGUCCUUAAUGUGCGUCUUUAUAAUUAUUGGUUAACUGACUGGUAAGAAUACAACUUAGUAAAGAUUAAAUCACACAAACUAACAUUCAAUACUAAAAGGUUUAACAAUAGCCACUUUUUUUUUUUCACUUAGUAAAAAGCACAGAAUCCAAUCUUGCUGAUUUAACAGCAUAUUUAACAUCAGAAAGGAAAUUUCACAUAACCGCAUAUAUAUAAACCAAGAUUUUACUGAUGUAGCAAAAGCUUUAACCCAUGAAUAAAUCAACAGGGCACUUAAAAUGUUUAUAAAAAAAGAAUUCUUUUCCUUUGAGUAACUGUCACUGUCAAUAUUUAAGUAAACAUUCAAUUACACAGAUUUGCUGCUGAAACAAAUCAUGUUGUAAACAACAUUCCAAUUCUUGUUUUCACUUGUCUUUAUCUUGCAUUUCUUGAGGACAACAAAAUGUACUAUACCCAGAAAUAAAAUGCAGUAUUCAAAGAA